AUGGCGCUGGGCCAGUCAUCGUCCGUUUUGGCCUUAAACAUGAGCUUCACCCUUUUGGGACGCCAGCUGGCAAACUUUGGGUCGUUGGGAUGGACGUUGAUCCCAGACGGGGAGCCGAGGACGCUCGUGGAAGCCGGCGAGAGAUCCACGGAUGUCAGCACAGUGACCGCGACGAGCAGCUCGGUCGUACUCUCUACUACUUUCAGCAGCCCCGCCACGACAGCCACGACUGCCAGUGGCUAUCUACCGAUUGUCCAAAAGUGGCGAUCUGCCGGCGGACUUCCCACUCUGACCCCCGACAGCCAACGCGAGGCCAACGCACUCAAAACCAGCACGGACAGUGUCAGCGGCCUCCAGCACGAGCUGAACCCGGGCACGACGGCCCAGGUCUUGGCGCCAGGGGGGGCAGACGAUUUUGAAAACGUCUACGUGGGCGGCUGA